AUGGGAGUGUCUUUGAACAAUCAGUUACUACAAGGACCAAACUUGGCAAAUAAUCUCCUGGGCGUAUUGAUGCGAUUCCGACAAGAAGAGAUUGCAAUAUUGGGCGACAUCGAAUCCAUGUUCUACCAAGUGAAAGUGCCAGAAAAGGACCGAAAUUUCCUACGUUUUUACUGGUGGAAGGACGGAGUUAUAGAUCAAAAACCGUUACAGUAUAGGAUGACUGUUCAUUUAUUUGGAGCAACUUCAUCACCGAGUUGUUGUAAUUAUGCCUUACAGAUAACUGCAGAGAAGCACAAAGAACAGUUUGCCCCCAUAGUAACAGAUACUGUGAAAAGAAAUAUGUAUGUGGAUGAUUGUUUGACUUCUGUUGUUGCAGAGGAAACUGCUGUAUCUUUGAUUAAGGAUGUCUCAGCUUUGUGCAAGAUGGGUGGAUUUUAUUUGACCAAAUUCAUCAGCAAUAGUGAAAAAGUCCUAGAAUCUGUGCCAGAAAUAGACAGAGUUCAGGAAGUUGAAAAGUGGAACUUAAGUGAUGAAAGUUUAGUAGAGCGUGUUUUAGGUGUAUAUUGGUUCAUAAAAAAGGAUGUACUUGGAUUUCAGUUGAACAAUAACAACCAACCAGUAACUAGGCGUGGCAUUUUAAGUGUCGUUAGUUCCGUCUAUGAUCCCCUUUGGAUUGUUUCUCCCUUUAUUUUGACAGCCAAAUCCAUAUUACAGAACUUGUGUAAAAGGGGGAUAAGCUGGGAUGAAGAAAUUCCUGCUAAGGAGCUAGUGAAAUGGAAUAGUUGGCUACAGCAAUUGCCAGAUUUAGAGAAAAUAAACGUCUCAAGAUGCUAUAAGUCAGCGAAUUUUAAGAACAUUGUCAACUGUCAACUUCAUUGUUUUGCUGAUCCAAGUGAGAUUGGGUACGGAGCAGUGUUUUACCUCAGACUUUUGAAUGAAGAUGGACAUGUUCACUGUGCAUUUGUAUUAGGAAAAUCAAGAGUUGUGCCCCUGAAAUCUGUGAGUGUACCCAGAUUAGAACUGACAGCGGCUACAAGUGCAGUGAAACUUUGUCAAAUGAUAAUGAAAGAACUGGACUACCUUGUUUAG